AUGGCGCCUGGUAUGGUGCAAAGCAACUCUCCCCGCUCCCCUACGGGCUCAGUGAAGUCAGAGGGAAAGUUUGAUGAGACAAAAAGGUCAGUCAAGACGCUCUUUGUGCAAUGUUUUAAGGAAGAUCUCUUCCAAGAGCGGCAGCUGCUUAUGUCUCAAAUCAAUAAUCUCUUCAAGCUUCGGAACAAUGGUGAGGCACUUCAAUACAAGGCCAGAGAGGCGGGCUACGAGAAGCUACAUAACUUCUUGACUGACGUGGCCGGCCUGUCCUUGAUCGGUGCAGGGAAUCGUAUGGAGCUGAAAUUGGGAGACCGCGAUGCCUUUGAACGCUUCUGCGACGACUUGUUGGUGGGGCGAGAGGACUUACCUAUCUUCGACCAGCCCAAGCCAGUGCCAGAGAGUUUCCAGCAAAAGGUCAUUGAGGUGUUUAGACGUUGUGGCUCUCGCGAGAUUCCGGCCAAGAACUUCAGGGAUUUGUGGAAUUGCUUCUUCCCGCACGAGAAGCUGCAGUGCAAGGACUACGGCUAUCGUGACGUGAAAGGUUUGUUGGCCAACAUCCCAGUGGUGGAGAAGGUGGGCGGCAAAAAUUCCACCAAGUACGUCCUGAAGAGCGAGGCGAGACGUGCUGCGGCGUGGUGCAGCCAAAGGAUACCCCAAAGAACACGAGGAAGUGAAGCAGCCAAAGCUAAAGGUGUAAAGAAACCACAACGGAGGCUUGAAGUCUCUAGUUCUGCAGGGUUUGGUGGACUCCUGUGGGUUCCUGAACGGGGUCUCCCUAAAAGAAGCUUCCACUGGACUCGAAGAUUCUUUUGCCAGGUUGACUUUCCAGAGAAGGUCUUGGAAGAGGAGAGCUUUGAGAUUCCACCGGUAGCCUCAUUGAAUCCACAACGCUUGGAGCUCCGGAGCUAUGUCAAUGAACAACUGCCGGCCAUGAUCACACCCGGCCUGGGACAGUUGGAAGAGGGAUGCUAUGAUUGCACUGAGAUCUUGGGUGUGUUCCAUUACCUGUAA